AUGGCUAGUGAGGAGAGUUUCCUAGUUCUGGUACAUUACAGAGGGUCGAUUAAGAGAAAAACUCGGUCCGGCGUGAAGUUCACUGAUAAGGAUCCCCUGUGUAUUAUCGUGACGCCGACAACCACGUACGAUGCACUUGUUAGCUCUGUGCUGGAGAAGUUGGGUGUUGAAGGCGUUAAACGUCAAGAAGUUUUUUACCGCAUUCCAACAGCGGUGCUCCAUGACACCGUGAAGUUUGAUUGUUUCACAAUCGGUAGUGACGAGGACUUGCAGGUUAUGUUUCUUUCUCGUAGGCAGUUUCCCGAGGUAAGGACACCAGAGCUGUUGGCAAAGUUGGUUGAUGUGGUAUCUAGCUCGGGUGGUUCGAACCGGAAUGCCACUACUAUAGCCGCGGUUGCCGGCUCGAGCUCGAGACCUGCUGUUGCUUCAUCCUCUGCUCCUGUGUAUGAGCCACCGAUGCAGCCUGUUGCGUCCCCUUCGUUUGCCGUUGAUCUGAGCGGCAAUGUUGGAGACGAGGUUCGGUACGGAGAACAUAUUCCCACCGAGGUACAUUGUCCCACACCGGCUGGUGUUGGUGAUGGUUUGUUUGAUGAUCUAGAUGACGAUGACGUGGAGCCGGAUAUGAUCGCUGAUGAAAGCGGCGAUGAUGUUGGAACUACUGUUCCGACAAGGGCUAUAGGUGGAUCUAGUUCUGGCACACAGCAGUAUCCACCCCAUUUUUCCUCAUUGGACCUGGAUGCCAUGCGACAAGAGGACAAUGAUCUGCAGGCCUCAGAAUUUGGUGCUAGAGAUACCGAGGGGUCUGCCGGUAUGAACGAGUUCCAGGUUGGCCAACAAUUUCAAGAUAAAGAUGAGGCGCUGUUGAGUGUGAAGACGUACAGUAUCCGCCGAGGGGUCCAGUACAAGGUCGUUGAGUCUGACUACCGCAGGUAUGUGGGAAAGUGUUCUGAGUUUGGGAAUGGGUGCACAUGGCUAAUUCGGUUGAGUCUCCGACAGCGGAAGGGUAUCUGGGAAGUGAAGCGAUACAACGGACCGCAUACAUGUCUUGCCAGCUCCAUCUCCAGCGACCAUAGGAGUCUGGACUACCAUGUCAUAUCCACCUUCGUUAUGCCGAUGGUUAGGGCUGAUGCAGGUGUGAACAUCAAGGUGCUCCAAAAUGCCACGGCCGCACACUUUGGAUUCAGGCCUACGUACAGGAGGGUAUGGAUGGCGAAGCAGAAGGCCGUUGCCGUGAUAUAUGGGGACUGGGAGAGUCGUACAAUGAGCUCCCUAGGUGGGUUUUAG